AUUGGACGGGCGACUCGAUUUUUGACAGGUUGAUACUUAAUUUCUUCUCUGUAACACGGAAGAAGUAUCUGUGGAAGAGAUGAACCGCGUGAAACCUUGUGUUUCGACAGGUGUCUAAUUGGUCAAAAAGGUCAUUGAUUUCCGUAUUGCCUUUCUGAGGGAUGUUCGGGAGGACCUGUGUUUCUGUCAGCAAGGCCUUUCACAAAAAGCAAAUAGACUCUUGCAUCCAACAUCCAACCAACUAUUUCUUUGCGGAAGCCAUCAUCGAUUCCGAGCGCCCUUGUCCAUCGUUCACGACGCCGAGACUUCUCUGUGCCCAAAGAUGGAUCCAAGUUUUGACUCGCAACGGAUUCGGAUUCGGAGGUGGAAAUCGAGCUUUCGUCUGUCCAGUAUUCGUCGCCGGAUACGGAGCUCUCACUCUCGCUUCGGUUGGAGCAAUCAUCGGGAAUUUGAGGAAGGUCCAGGCCAUCGCUUUCACGCUCUUCUCUUUCUUUCGUGAGAAGGAUCUUGAUCCGGUCUUCCGCCAAGUCUUCUUCGCACUUGAUAACAAGAGGGCUAGGACGCAUGGGAGGCGCGAUGAUGGGGACGCGUGGUAUCUUCGGCAAUUUUUUGGAGGACGCACGGACGGCUGGGGUACGUGAAAGGGGGUUUCUCUUUGCACGAAGAUAGCCAGCUGUGUCAGGAAGAGGCGUAGUUGGCACAGUAGGGGGGUAUAUAGGCGAAUCGAGCCGGGAUGUUCGGUGCA